AUGACGGGGAAAUUCUUUGCUGACUUUAUUAAAGACAACUUUAAUACAUGCUUUGCACAGGCAGGCCCGAAAGACGACGGCAAGCGGCUUUUUGUAAUGGACAAUGACCCUUGUCAAAGCAGUAAAGUCGCCAUGAAAGCACUAGAAGGCAUUGAAGCUGAAUUAUUAAAAAUCCCAGGGCGAUCACCAGACCUAAACCCCAUAGAAAAUAUUUUCCAUAUUGUCAAACGUGAUCUACGUGAAGAAGCUGUGAACAAACAUAUAAAAUCGGAAAAUUUUUCUGAAUUUCGCGAAAGAGUGGUGGGUGCCUUGAAACGUAUUCCAUGUGAUAUAAUUGAUAAAACAAUUGCAAGAUUGUCAAAGCGUAUUGAUGCAGUAAUCGAAUCUGGCGGCUACCGAACUAAAUAUUAA